ACCUCGUCGAAUAAGGUAUUCCCACACCGCGAGGCGCUAUGACGGAACAGCUGUUACAAGGCGUGAUGCGAAAUACUAGUGGAUAAAUAAAGGGGCGGGGGUGAGGUUUUACGUGCGCGACCGGCGGUAUUCCGUCAAAAGGGGAACGUGCGGUUGGUCGUGUAUUUGCGGCGUGUGACGAAUGAAAAUAAUACAUAACCGGCAGAGCGAAUUUCUCUGGACUUCAGUGCCAGUGGGUCAACGGGAAACGUGCUCACGACGCACGAGAGAGAAGGCAAAAUAGUCACGAAUAGCAUCGCAUCGCGGGCAUAAGGAGAUUGUGUGCCCGGUAUCACGUUCACUCGGAAUCCAUCAAUCUUGGACGUUUCCACUCUGGCACGAUGGAGGGGGAGAAGAAACAGGUAACAUGCUACCUCAUGUUUUCUUUAUUAACGGCUGUAAUUGGCUCCCUACAGUUUGGCUUCAACACAGGAGUCAUCAAUGCCCCCGAACAGAAACUGCGAGCAUUUUUUAAUGCCACAUGGAUGGAGCGUUAUGGGGAGCCCAUCAAGCCGGGUGUGUGCACCAUUGUGUGGAGUUUUGCUGUGGCCAUCUUUAGUGUGGGUGGAAUGGUGGGAUCAUUCAGUGUCGGUGUUGUAGCCAACAAAUUUGGAAGACGUAAAUCUAUGAUCCUUGUGAAUAUCUUGGCUCUGAUUGGCGGGGGUCUCAUGGGACUGUGCACUCUCUGCUCCUCCUUUGAGAUGGUCAUUGCCGGUCGGCUAAUUAUUGGGUUGUUCUGUGGCCUCUUCACUGGUCUCACUCCAAUGUAUGUUGGGGAAGUGUCGCCGACUCCCCUCCGCGGGGCCUUUGGGACCCUGCACCAGCUUGGUGUCGUGAUUGGCAUCUUAAUCGCACAGGUUUUUGGUUUGGAGUAUCUGCUGGGUUCAGAUAAGCUCUGGCCUGUACUUCUAGCUCUAACCGUGCUACCUGCCAUCCUGCAAUGUUUACUGCUUCCGUUCUGUCCAGAGAGCCCUCGAUACCUGCUCAUUAACCUCAAUGAGGAAGAACAGGCCCGCAAAGCGCUGGUGCGUCUCCGUGGUUACGAGGAUGUGGGGAAGGACAUGCAGGAGAUGAAGGAGGAGAGUGCGAAGAUGGCCAUGGAGAAGAAGGUGACCAUCCCAGAGCUCUUCCGCACCGCUGCUUACCGCCAGCCUCUGCUCAUCGCUGUCAUGCUGCAGCUGUCUCAGCAGCUCUCUGGCAUCAACGCUGUUUUUUAUUACUCAACUGGUAUUUUUGAGUCAGCUGGAGUGAAUCAGCCCAUUUAUGCCACCAUUGGAGCUGGAGUCGUCAAUACUGUCUUUACUGUAGUAUCUCUCUUUUUGGUGGAGAGGGCAGGACGAAGAACUUUGCACCUUAUUGGUUUGGGUGGAAUGGCCAUCAGCGCCUUGGUCAUGACCAUUGCUCUCUUAUUGAAGGACAUUGAGGCUGUUCGCUACCUCAGCAUUGCUGCAGUUUUUGCCUUUGUGGCCAUGUUUGAGAUGGGCCCUGGACCCAUUCCCUGGUUCAUAGUGGCUGAACUGUUCUCCCAGGGGCCACGUCCUGCUGCCAUGGCCGUUGCAGGAUGCUCCAACUGGACAGCCAACUUUCUUGUUGGAGUCAGUUUCCCUAAACUGGAGGAGCUGUGUGGGCCAUAUGUCUUCAUUAUAUUCAUGAUCUUCCUCAUCAUCUUCUUCGUCUUUACAUACUUCAAAGUUCCGGAGACUAAAGGGCGAACUUUUGAUGACAUCGCCCGUGGUUUUGGCGGGGCUCCGCCUCCGACUGCCACCUCCGUGGAGGAGCCCGGCAGAGUCGCACUUCCAGCCUCUCCGGUCAAAGAAAAGGUCCCAUUGGUGGAAGCUUCCAAAUCUUCCUUGGAACAGGGUGCAAGCUCAUCUGAGAAAGCUGCGGCAGAUGCUAAAAAACCUAGCUCAGUUACCCAGCCACUGGUGGAUUCUAGUAAAGAGGAGAAAUCUAAUUCCACCAUCUAAGAAAUGGUGUAACUCUAUAGCUUAAUAUGAUUAAAGACAUGACGUACUACUGAAGAUAGAAAUAUAAUACUAGAGAUUUAUUUACUGGAAAAAGAUUAUUUAGGGUAAACAGAUUAAGAAGGUAACCACAGGGGAAAGUCACAGAUCACCUAGUUAUAUUUUGAAAGGAUACGAGAGCUCAUAGUCCAUGAGCUUUAUUUUAUUGUGUAGUUUGACAACUGAUGGUUUGGUGCAAUAUUGAUUCAUGUUUUAAAGAUUUUAUCUAUUUAUUGCUCAUUUACUCCUGUUUGUGCAUUUUAGUGCAGUUUUAAUGUGAAUUAUCAAACAGGACAUUGUUUCCUAUGUCAGAUCAAACAGAAAAAGGGAAUUUUCUAAAAAAAAAACUCAAUUUUUUGCUUUUAGAAAAACCAAAGUGUUUUUCCCUUGAGUGAUAGUUGGCGAUCUUCAUAAUCUUGAGGAUGUUCAUUUUGUAUAAAAUAUAGUGUGCAUAGAGAUAUAUACGUUUUCAUUACUUCAGAUCACUACUACCAUUUAUCAAAAACACUUAAAACAUAUAUUUAAUUAGAAGAUUCAUAAAAAAUAUUUAGAUUACAGAAAGUGCUUAGCUAGUAAAGCUUAUGCCAAGAAUAGUUUACUGCCAAAAAUAAUACAUCUAAAGAAACUAAAAUCACCAAAAAUGACCAACCAGUGUUCGAUGAAUUGUACUGUAUAUAAUGUAUACGGUCUCCAUAACUAGACAAGUUCACAUUUCAGAUAUCCAAGAUAAAGAUUUUUAGCAAAUGACGUGAUCAAGAUUAUGAGCAUUAAUCCCGCUACUGAAUUUCCUGUGCUUGGUGAUUUAGUAUUCCAGCGUCACGUGUGUGCUGCACUGACUCACUUUGAGGUUUGACAGAGUAGUGAGAGAAGUCUCACUUGAUUUGAAUAAAUGUGUUUAUAAUAAAUGUUGUUCUGCCGUUUCCGACACUUAGUUUGAAUCCCUUUCAUAGAGAACACAUAUAGUAUUUAUUUGUUUAUACAUUUAUUUUUUACUUAAAUUAGAGAAUCUACCAAUAAUUCCUAUCACGUAAGGCAAUUGACGCUUUAUGCUGCCAUUGCUUAGGUAUUGCUAUUUUUGUCUAGAUAUUGAAUGUGAAAGUAUUUAUUAAUAAGCACAUUUAUAGGCCAGGUGUAAUCUGAACAACUGCUUUUUCCCAUUCUGAUGUCUUGUGAUCAUUUAUAUGUUGCACGGAGAGAAACUCCAAAAAAGACCAAGAAAGACAACAUUCCUCUUGCAGUAGUGCACUGUGGUUUGUAUCCCAGUGGUCAAGAGCAGCGUCACAAUGAGCCAGCCCUCUUCUAACACUAACAAACACAACCAUCUUAUUAACUGUUUAUACCUUUCACAUACUGUACCUUUACUGUGCAUAAUGUACACAACUCAUAGUUACUUGCUUACUGUACAGUUAGAAGAGCAUCACCCUGUAAAUAACUAAGUUAAUGUGUGUUGAAUGGUGUAAUUGAUGUAAUUGCAGUUCAAAAGGAGAGUGUCUGCUAAACAGAAGUGUUGAUGUUUUGACAUUUGUAUAUUUUAUGGUGGUUUUUCCUGAAUGUGUAACAAAAUCAUGAGUGGCACUGUGUACAAUUGUAUU